AUGCUGACAUCAGGCUUGACCAACGCUCCCGUAUCCAAAGCCCUCCUCAUCUACACCAUUGCAUCCUCCAUCUGGCUCUCCAUCUUAGACAUCAAAUACCUCGUCCACGUCCAGGUCUCCCCCCAUCUCUGGCAAUAUGGACAGUACUGGCGCGCCUUGGUAUGGCAGGUAGCGGGAUUUGCCAAUUCCACGGAGGCAUUAUUUGGGGCGAUGCUCAUUUAUCAUUUACGAGUUGUUGAGAGGGCGUGGGGGGGGAAGAAGUUGGUUUCCUUCCUCCUCACAACACUCCCCUAUACUACCCUGCUCCCGCCCAUCCUCCUCUCGCUCGUGUUACGCCCUAUAUCCCUGAACACGAUGAAUUAUCUUCCCUCCGGCCCGACGGCGACUAUCUUUGCUGUUCUGGCGCAGUAUUACGCUUUGAUUCCGCAUACGUAUCGGUAUCGGAUUUCUACCACAUCAUCAUCUUCCUCUUCAGCUUCAGCAUCUCAGAACGCGCCGGACAGUUACAAUACCAAUACCUCUUCCUCUGGUUCUAGUUCUGAGUCUAGUGCUAGUUCUGCAUCUGGUUCAUCGAAAUCACUCAUCCUCCUUCUCUCCGAUAAAUCAACCACCUACCUCGUCGCGGCGCAGUUGGCCUUCUCACAGUUCCCCGGUAUGCUUUUACCGGCUGUCGUCGGGUGGACUGUGGGUUUGGCGUGGAGGGCGGAAUUAUUGCCCGGUUCUGGGAGUGGGUGGAGGGUUCCUGCUUGGGUACUUGGGGAGAAGGAGCGGGUAUCCUCGCGCGGAGGCGGGGGGAGGGGGAUAGGAACUUACAGUGUUGAUAAUAGCCAUGGGCAUGGGGAGAGAGAGGGGACGGAGAGGUAUCAUGAUCUUAGGCGGAGGUUGGAAGGGGAGGCUGCUGCUGCUGCGGCGGCGAGUACGAGUACGGGGGUUGGACGACGUGAUGGGAUUACUUCUGAUCAGGGGCAGCGGCAGAGACGGCCAGGCGGUUUCUUGGAACGGUUGAGAGGGGCAUUCUAG